CCAUGCUCGUAGGGUAAUAUCACGUCCAGCUCGCAGGGCACCGGCCGUCGCCGCUCGAGAGCUCGGCCGCCCCAGUCCCGACGCCGUGCCUCGUCCUCUACGUCCCCUUCUCUCUCUCUCUCGGCCUUCCUGUCCUCGCGGCGACGAGCCAACGACAGGGCAGCGCCGCCGCUCGCCGGUGGCCCUGAAGAAACUAUUGGGUCCGUCCCUAGAUCUGGAUCCCUUGCGGUGGCGGGGCAAGGGGGGACUCUCCGUCGCGCGGCGACCCGACGAGCGCGGCGCUCCGCCAUCUUUCCGUGGCCCGCGUUCUGGCUUAGAAUGAGCUAUCUUUGUUGUUCUAUACAAAGAAAGGAAAAGAGGGACAUUUAGGGAUUCUCUGGACAAACUGAUAAAGCAAGAGCCUACCUCUAGGACUAGCUAAAGGCCGGAGUAGCGAUGAUUGUGGUUGAGAGACUGGAUCUCUGUUUCUUGGAUAAGGUGGUGCUGCUGGAGACGCCGAAGGGUUUUGCCCUCUUCAAUGUUAAGAGUGGGGUAUUAAAUGCACCCAAGAAUGUGUGGUCGUGGUUUGCCCAUUGGGAAACAGCUGAGCAUGUUAGCUUUUUGGUUGACUACGUAAAGGUUGAUGACAAGUCUGCCGUGUGGCGUAGCGAUGGUCCUGGUGAAGUGCUUUCUAACUUUAUCUGGAAAUAUUGCAGAGAUGAAAAAGAGCUGAUUGUUGGGGAUGAAAAGCUUAAAGGUGUCAUCAAAUCCAAUAUGGAAAAAAUCAAGUUACUUGAAAACAAUUAUGUUGCCAGAGAACUUGUAUGGGGGUUCAAGAAUGUUUUGUCUGGUUUUUUAUACCAAGAAAAAGACAACAUCACGCCUGCGUACCUUCUCCCAGUUUCUGAAGGAUUAAAAGCAUCCAUGAGUAAAUUAGGAAUUAAUGUCCCUACAGAAGCAAUCACUGAUGCAUUUAUUCGCAAUGCUGGUUCUUUGCAUCGAUGUCAUGUCAUGUUAUGUCGUGUUCCCAAGGAUCUGCGCAAGGCAUGCGACAAGAUAGUUCCUGGUAUUGGCGGAAUGAUUGAAGAUGACUUGCUCUACGCAAAAGUUAUGGCUAAGAUUCUGACCCCUGAAGAGAUGACAGAUUGGGAGUUCUCAAUGAGCUUUCCGCCUGAUGUGGUACUGAAGCUACAGAAGGCAGAUGCUGCAGCGGAUGAUGCCCGUGAACAGAUUGAUUGCGAAAUGUUUCGUUUCAUACACUGUUCCAUUGCUGACCUUGAGCGUCUCCCAGGAUUGAAAACUAUGUGGGUUCGGAAGCUCAAGGCGUAUGCUGAUAGAUGGUCUAGGAAACAGUUACAGAUUACUGGAAAGAGGUGCCACGCUGAUGUAGUUGGCGCUGCUGAGACAAGCCAUGGAGCUGAUGAAGAUUCCCAAGAUGCUAGUUCGGAGGGGUUAUAAGAAAACUAGGUCAGUUGAGGUGUGAGGUUGCGCUAGAUUAGUGCAGAGGAGCUAUGGUACACAUCAGCAAUGACUAUUUAUGUAUUGCCUUGUUAUCUUGGACGCUGCUGGAGCGUUGGUAGUUUCUAGGUAACCUAUGUUGUAGUUCACGUUGCUAGUUUCCAGCUAGUCCCUGUUUUGAACUUAAUUUCUAUCUAGUCUGGUUUUACAUCUUAAUCUCUAUGCUA